GAUGCCUCUCUCUCCAUGAUUCCCCCAUGAACGAUUUCUAAUCAAAUUUUUUUGUUGAAGAUUUCUAAUCAAAUUAGUUACGGACUAUAUAUACAUAUACACGCCCCUUAUAUAUAUACACAUAUAUACAUAGAUAUAAGAGUUUAGAGAGAGAGAGAGAGAGUUAUGGAGGGCCAACGCGGCGGAGGCGAUGACGGCGGGUGUUGCUCCGGGAAGAGAAAGAAGGAGAGACCCUACAAAGGAAUUCGGAUGCGGAAGUGGGGAAAAUGGGUCGCGGAAAUCCGGGAGCCCAAUAAGCGGUCCAGGAUAUGGUUAGGCUCUUACUCGACGCCGCUCGCGGCGGCGAGGGCUUAUGACACCGCCGUUUACUACCUCCGCGGGCCAUCGGCCCGGCUCAAUUUCCCCGAGCUUUUGCCCGGCGACGCCGCGGGCCUUAACGGGCUUAACGACUUAUCGGCGGAUUCGAUCCGUAAGAAGGCAAUCGAAGUGGGCUCCAGCGUUGACGCAACUCAGACGACCUCCCUGCGCGGCGGCGGCGGUGGCGCCGCCGUCCAGGAACAACCGCCGCCGCCGUUGACGGCUUGCCGUCUUCAGGCCAAGCUCGACUUGAACGAAAAGCCCGAGCCCGAAGACCCGAAUCUUGAUUACUUCUGAGCCUUUGCCCACAAAAGGCGAAAUCCCUCGUCCCACGGUCCCGCAUCCCAGCUUGACAGGAUUGUGGAGAGAGCUGAUCUUCUUCGUCUUAAUAAGUUUUGUUUUCCUUGUUUGAGUUUUAGGUUGGAAAAAAAAACAUUUUUGUUGUAGUAAAAAGAAUGAAUGUGAAUAUGUUAUAUCUCUCUUUGUCUCCAUUUUUAUUUUAUUCUUGAGCACAAAAUUUCAACAUCUAA